CCUCAACUUUAAAAUUGGCAAACUACCAAUCAUGGCGGACAGCGAUCUCGAAGAAAUUCGUGCAAGGCGACUUGCAGAGUUACAACAGCAACAAUAUGGGGCAGGGGGACAAGAUCCAAAUGCAAGGGAGAAACAACAAGAGGCCCAGAAAAGGCAAGAAGAAAUGAUGCACUCCAUCUUGACUCAAGUUCUGGACCAGAAUGCCAGAGCAAGAUUGAACAGUAUCGCCUUAGUGAAGCCGGAUAAGGCCAAGAUGGUGGAGAGAAUGUUAAUACAAAUGGCACAGACUGGACAGCUACCGGGAAGGGUCAGUGAAGACCAACUAAAAGGUCUUCUAGCGAAAGUCAGCGUUCAAACACAAAGAAAAACUAAAAUUAAUUUUGAGAGAAGACGAGUGAUGGACUCUGACUCUGACGAGGACUACUGAUGCAAUCCACCACCCCAUCCACUGGCUCUAAAAACUUACUGUGAAUAUUUCCCUCCUGUACUGCAAGAUCCUGGAUCAGUUUCUGAUUGUGUGUAGGAAUUGUUUUAAUUUUAUGUAACCCUCUUCUGUUUGUCCAUUCAAUAUCAUCCACUGUGUAUUGAAUGAUGGAUAAACUAUGUCAGCUUGCAAUUGGGGUGUCAUGUGGCGAAUGCUUUUAUACAGUACACAUUUAACCCCCCUACUGUCUGACCAUUCAUCAUCAACAUCCACUAUGGCUUUGAAUGAUGCAUCUACACAGUACACAGUCAACCCUCCCACUGUCUGACCGUUUAAUAUCAUCCACUGUGGUUUUGAAUGAUGGAUAAACUAUGCCACCCUUCAAUUUAAUGUGGUGAAUGCAUCUACACAGUACACGGUCAACCCUCCUACUGUCUUACCCUUCAAUAUCAUCCACUGUGGUUUUGAAUACAGCACACGGUCAACCCUCCUACUGUCUGACCCUUCAAUAACAUCAACCCUGGUUUUGAACGAUAGAUAAAACGCCACCCUUCAAUUUGAUGUGGUGUAAGUAUCUACACAGUACACAGAUAGUUCUGUGUCAUUAGAUUUUCCACAAUUCACAACCAGAGAAUUUGAAUGGUUUAAAAUGUGUAGUUGGUCAACUCCAUGGCACUAAGAGUAGGAGGGUUAAGAUUGACAGUGAACAAGAGGCUAUGAGACACAUUACACAUCACUUACCCAUCCUGGCACUACCCUAGCGCAUGACACCUGUCCCCCCUGCCCAUUGAACCCAGUGGAGGUGUAGGGGGAUCUUGCAACUCGGGGUAUCCUUUCUAUUUGUCAAUGUCACCACUUACGACUUUGCUUACUUUGGUAAUACAUUUUCUAUAAAGCUUUUGCCUUGAUCUGUGUGUAUUCAUGUUUUUAAAAAGUGAAUUAGUAAUGAUCAACGGCACAUUAUUAUUAUGUCAAGCGCCUGUAUCAGUGCUGCUUUAAAUGUGUCUUUAUGAGACUGAAAAUCUUGAUCGAUUGUCGUAUUUCACUAUUUUUGCUUGAGCUAUGGGUCAAAACCUACCCACUUCUGUCAGUGCCCUGUUCUUAGGAAGAGUUCCUUUAAAGUCUCAGGAAUCAAUUUCUUUUGCUUCCGACUGUUUUUUUCUAAACAAACAUAUCAUAGAAGUUAUAAAUAAGGGAAUCAAUGUGUGGUGAAGAGGUUUUCAACUAG